AACAAUACUGUCUUUAAAAAUUUCAGUAAAAUAUUAACAAUCUUUUAGAACGAAAAAGACAACUAACAGUAUUAAUUGCGAAGGGAAAUAAAUUAAUAUUACCCGAUAGUUGGUAUUAAUCGUAACGGUGGAAGAGAAAUUUCCCUUUUUUUUUGGUAUAGUGGUAUUUUUUUGUAAAUUGAAAAACGGUCAUACUGCGGUCGAGUAGCGCCAAUUUCGUCUUGUUUUGAUCGAUUUGAAGAGCUGACGGGGCUGUUGGAAGCCGCGUUUGUUUACCCGGCUCAUUUGGAGCAAAUAUGUCAUACGAUGCGGACUAUUUGUACGCUCUCAGAUUGCAACAGGAGCUGGACGCCGAAGAGUCAGAUGAGCCGGCUUCCAGUGGCGAAAAAGAUUACGAAGACUAUCAGAUGGCACUGAAGCUCCAGGCCGAGAUCAACAAGCAGGAGGAGAAAGCCAAAAUAUACAACAAAGGGCGUUCGGUCUUGAGCCGCCCGAAAGAUCAAGAUGAAGACUUACGUUGGGUUUAUCCCAAGCCCCCCCAGGCCAGCACUUCCAAAGCCAUUGCUCCCGGGCGUGGAGUUCAAGCUCAACAUAACGAAUUUCUCAACCAGACCCAAAAUCUCGUUCAUCCCGAGUGGGAGCUGAUUGAUCCCACACCAGAUAUAUACGCCAUGUUCCUGCGAUUCGACGAGAAAUUCUUCCAGAAGCGCCUGGGCGGCGUGUGCCUGGAGUGGAGCAAGCGCAUGACAACCUGUGCCGGUAUUUGCUACCAACGUGGCAAUUUCCAUAUCAAGGAGAUAACCAUCCGCCUGAGCGAGCCUCUGCUCAAGUUGCGUCCGCGCAAGGAUCUCGUAGAGACGCUAUUGCACGAGAUGAUUCAUGCCUACUGCUUCGUCCUGAAUAUCCGUGAAGGCAACGGCGGGCAUGGCCCGAACUUCAAGCGCAUCAUGGGUUUGAUCAACCAGACGGCCGGAACCAACAUCACCGUCUACCACUCCUUUCACGAUGAAGUGGCCGCCUACCGCACCCAUGUUUGGCGCUGCACGGGCAUCUGUCAGAAUCAUGCGCCCUUCCAGGGCUGGGUUCGGCGCAGCACCAACCGUGCGCCAGGUCCAUAUGAUCAGUGGUGGGAGAAGCAUCAGCGCGAUUGCGGCGGCACUUUCCAGAAGAUAAGUGGUCCGGAAAACGGCAAGAACCCAUCUACAAAAGAGAAGAUCCUGAAGGGGCCAAAGCCAGUGCAGGAAAAAUCCCCUCUCGAUGGGUGGCUGGGAAGGAAGACGGUUAAUCCUUCGGGUGCCUCAACCUCUGCAGGAUUGACCAACAAUCGGGGAUCUGUAGGUGCUGCAGCACCCAUGCUAACGGGCUUGGCCGCCGCCGUGCCACCCACAUCCUACCCGGGCCCGUCGACAGCACCGUUUGCCGGGGCUGGGGGAUCAAGCGGAUCGGUGAAUCGCGGAGCCAACAUCAUGAGCUUUGGUGACUUGACCAAGGGCACUGGGCCAGACAAGGAGAACGAGCGCAAUGGUGGCGCCGCAAUGACUGGAGUGGGCUACCAAAUGAGUACCAGCAAAGACUCUGGCGCUGUCAUUGAUAUAACUGGAGAACCGAACGUAUCGUCUACUCCGCAUCCUCGCGAGCGUUGGCUGCGCCGCGUCGAACAGAACUCUGGCGCCCAGAAGGAGCCGCCAGCCAAGCGUCGUCGUACAAUGGAAAAUGACGAGCCGAUCAUCUCUUGGGAGAGCUUCGAUGAUGAUUUACAAAUCGGUGAGGCGACAAUUCCAAUGAUUGAAGUGCUAGACAGCGACGACGAAGCCGAUGGUGCGGUCGUUUCGCCCGACCCGGAGUUGCUGGCCAGCCAGGAGCUGAUGGCACAGAUCAAGCGCGAGGUGAUGCUAGACGAGUCAGCACAGUUCGACGAAGAUGAUAUCGUUAUGAUCGAUAACGAGUACGAUGAGAAUUUGGACAAAAUGAAGGAUCAGAGCAUGGACGCGGCCGCCGAACUGGCCGAUCAGUCACUGAUUGAUGAUUUCUUUGGGGAGGAUACCCUAUUGCGCGACUUCCACACCCAGAACGAUGUCCAGGCGGUCGGGCAUCAGAACUCGGGAGACGCAUCCGGGGAAAUUGUGUCCUGUCCCAUUUGCUUUGAGAGGCUCCAGCGUGGUCAGCUGGGCAAUCACCUGGACGGCUGCAGCAUCAAAGUUAGCGUCGAGCCGCCAUCCUUCAAGCCAAAGAACAUCGCUGGAGGAUCCAAGGGAAAGAAGUCAUCCACCGCAGGCGGUGCUUCCACAUCCUUUGCUUCCACUUCAACUCGUGCCUCAAAGACAUCCACUACCAAUACUCGCUCAUCUUCCGGCCAAUCGACCCGUAAGAAGCUCCAGGAAUACGGAUACACCGCUGAAGAGGUUGCCGCCUUGGACUUGAGCGACUCCAGCGACGUGGCUGAAACUUCGAUGACUAAGAAGAAUACGGUGGAACCACUGACUCCGCGCCAGCUCCGCCAGCGCGGUCUCUUCAAGGUGACGGUCCAGUGCCCCCGUUGCGGUGGCGAGUUCCUAGGCCACCAGCUUGAGGCCCACCGUACCGUCUGCCCAGGCAAGCAGAAGCGUUAAGAUUAAG